AUGAGUAGUAAACAUGCCAAAUCACAAUCAAUGUAUGCAUUCGAGAAUCAAUCGUCUAGCAUUGCUGCUUCUCAAAUGAGAAACGCUUUGAACAAGAUGAUAGAUGGUGUUACCGACAAAGAUCGUCGAGAGAAGUUUGAAAAGGAUAUGGAUUCAUUUUUUGGUCUUUUCCGUAGAUACCUUACUGACAAGGCUAAGGGUACCACUCUUGAUUGGGAUCAUAUUCGUUCUCCCAACCCGGAUGAGGUGGUUGCUUACAAGUCCCUUGAUGUUGAAGGAAGCGAAAACUUGAGCAAGUUGGCAGUUUUGAAGUUGAAUGGUGGCUUGGGUACUUCGAUGGGUUGUGUUGGUCCAAAAUCGGUUAUUGAAGUGAGAGAAGGUCAGUCGUUUCUUGAUCUUGCAGUCCGCCAAAUAGAGUUCCUCAAUAAGAAGUAUGAUACCGACGUUCCCCUUUUGUUGAUGGACUCGUUUAACACUGAUGCCGACACCCAACUUAUUGUGAAGAAGUAUCAGAGUCAUCGAAUUCGAAUUCGAACUUUCAACCAGUCAUGUUAUCCCAGAAUUACUAAAGACUCUCUUCUCCCUGUGCCCCAAUCCUGUGAUGAUGAUCUGAGCUUUUGGUAUCCACCUGGACAUGGUGACUUAUUUGAAGCCAUUGUGCAAUCUGGUGAGUUGGAUCAUUUGAUUGAAGAAGGUAAAGAGGUCUUGUUUGUGUCCAAUUGUGAUAACUUAGGCGCCACUGUUGACAUGAAGAUCUUGAAUCACAUGGUUGAAACCAAUUCUGAGUAUAUCAUGGAAUUGACCGAUAAGACUAGGGCUGACGUGAAAGGUGGUACGUUGAUAAAUUAUGAGGGACAAGUCCGAUUAUUGGAAAUUGCUCAGGUUCCUAAGGAGCAUGUCGAGGAGUUCAAAUCCAUCAAAAAGUUUACCAACUUUAAUACCAAUAAUCUUUGGAUUAAUUUAAAGGCUAUUAAGCGUCUUGUUGAAGCAGAUUCCUUGCGUAUGGAAAUUAUUCCAAAUGGAAAGUCUAUUUCUGUUGGUAACUCAGAGAUGGGUGUCUUACAGUUAGAAACUGCCUGUGGUGCUGCCAUUCGUCACUUUAAAGGUGCUCACGGUGUAGUUGUGCCAAGAUCUCGUUUCCUUCCUGUUAAGACAUCGUCCGACUUAUUGUUGGUGAAAUCCGAUAUGUUUAACUUGAGGCAUGGUACUCUAGUGUUGGAUCCCGCUCGAUUCGGUGGUUCUCCGUUAGUUAAGUUGGGCUCUAAGUUCAAGAAGGUCAGCGAUUUCCAAAAGAGAAUUCCUCAUAUGCCAAAGGUGAUUGAAUUGGAUCAUCUCACUGUUACGGGCGACGUUUACUUUGGUAGAGAUGUUCAAUUGAAAGGGACUGUUAUCAUUGUUUGCUCUGACGGUCAGAAGAUCGAUAUUCCAAACGGUUCCAUCUUAGAGAACGUCGUCAUUACUGGUAACUUGCAGAUUUUGGAGCAUUGA